AGUCUCUGUUUGUCGUGUUUUGUGUGAUACUGAACACAGGAUUAAAGUGCAUACAUUUAGAUUUCAAAUUUAAUAUUCAUCACCAAAACAUGACGAACGUAGUGUGGCUAUCAGGGUUGCUGCUGAUUCAGAUUCUGGUCACCUCAGCAGGAGGGCCAUCAGCCUACAACAUAUUUCAGCAGCAUGCUAGUCCAUCCCAUUUUAGUCACAGCAAUUUUGGCAGUGAUUACGGAGAUUUUUCAAGCUCCUUCUCAGGCCCAUCAGGUUUUGGAGUAUCUGGAGAAAGUAAUUUCUUAUACCAACCAACUCAAUUUCCACCACCUCAAACUACAACUCAAGAUCCAACCACAAUAGGGUGCGGUACUCCACCAGCAGGAUGUCCAAAAACUAGAUACAGAUCUUUUGAUGGAACCUGUAAUAACCUUAGGAAUCCUGUUCUAGGAACACCAAACACUCCCUACACCAGACUUCUUCCUGCUAACUACGGAGAUGGUGUUAUGACCCCAACAACCGCCAAGAGUGGAAACCCUCUUCCAGCCGCUCGUCAAAUUAGUUUAGCUCUUUACCCUGAUGUGCCACUCGAAGACCCAAUUUGGUCAUUAAAUGCCAUGCAGUAUGGCCAAAUUAUCACCCACGACAUGAGUAUGAUUGCUGGAUCAACUCAAGCACAACCUCAUCAAACCAGAUGUUGUACCGACGAUGGACAACUUCUAGAGUUGGCCAACAUCCCCGAACAUUGUUUUCCAAUUGUGUUGCCCGACAACGACCCAAUUUUGCAACAAACAAGAAGGAAAUGCAUGAAUUUUGUCAGAACUAUCACAAAUCGUGACCGUAACUGCGUAGGGGGACAUACACCAGCUGAACAGCUAACCAACGUCAAUCAUUUCUUGGACCUUUCUAUCGUAUACGGCAACACUGCCCAACUCAACCAACAACUUAGACAAUUUAGAGGAGGGCGUCUUAUUGUCGAAAGGAGAAAUAACCAGGAAUGGCCUCCACGUGCCACCAAUGCAUCCGGAACUUGCAGCAUUCAGAGUCAGCAGGAAGCUUGUUAUUUGGCAGGAGACACUCGUGUGAACCAAAACCCACAACUAACCCUUCUCCAAAUCGUAUUGCUUCGUGAACACAACAGAAUCGCUGAUGUUUUGUCAAAAUUAAACCCGCACUGGGAUGACGAAACAACGUUCCAAGAAGCCAGAAAAAUUAACAUCGCCGAACAUCAACACAUCUCCUACUACGAAUGGCUUCCAAUUUUCAUUGGUGCCGAAAACUCCCUGAAAAACAGAAUCCUCUACCAAACCAAAGGUUUUGUCAACGAUUACGAUGAAAGUGUCAAUCCUACAGUCUUGAACGAACAUGCUACCGCUGCUUUCAGAUAUUUCCACUCUUUAAUUGCUGGACGUUUAGAUUUGGUUAAAGAAGAAAGAAGCAGUUUCCAAAACUUGAGAUUGAGCGAUUGGUUGAACAGGCCAGCAAUUUUGGAAGAAGGAAAUAAUUUCGAUGAAUUAAGCAGAGGUUUAGCUACCCAACCAGAACUUAAUUCCGAUCAAUAUCAUGACAGUGAAAUUACUCAAUAUUUGUUUAGAGGCAACCAACAAUUCGGAAGCGAUCUAAAAUCCUUCGAUGUUCAAAGGAAUCGCGAUCAUGGCUUGGCCAGUUACAAUGACUAUCGUCACUUCUGCGGACUAAAGAGGGCGCACACUUUCGAAGACUUAUUGGACGUUAUAAAAUACGAAAAUGUACAAAAACUUUCCCAGAUCUACGAAUCCGUAGAAGAUAUUGAUUUGACUGUUGGUGGUUCUUUGGAAGCCCAUGUACCUGGAACGUUAGCUGGUCCAACUUUCUUGUGCAUUUUGACAGAACAAUUUUUUAGGACUAGAGUUGGUGAUAGAUUCUGGUUUGAAAAUGGAGGCGACACUGGAUUUACCAAGGAACAACUCAAUGAACUUCGUAAAGCCAGUAUCUCUAGACUUUUAUGUGACAACUCUCCAAAUGUCAAAGCCAUGCAACCAAGAGGUUUCGAAAGGAUUUCCCAUGCUAAUGCUGUGCUUCCAUGCGACCACUUACCAUCAGUAAACUUAUUAUUAUGGAAAGAUAUUAAUGGAUCCCCACAGAUUCCAUCCCCAGCUCACUUGGAAGAAGAUUAUUCAUUUUUCUUUAAUAAAUAAAAACUAUAAUUUUAAUGGUUAUAAUAACGGGUAAUUUAUUAAGUGCAAUAACAAAUCAUUUAUUACAAAUGACUUGUUUUACUAUUUGCGGUCCAUUUUAAUUACCAAAAUAGUAUUGUGCCUUAUUUUUG